AUGGGCGUUAUCAUACUUCUCGGGCCACAAUAUGAAAUAAAACUUUGCGACUUUGGCGGAUCAAAGUCGGAGCUAACCGAGCAUUCAAACUACGGCUGUCCAGGUACUUUGCGAUAUACCGCGCCAGAAGUAUUUGCCGGUGAGAAAAAGUAUACCUAUGCCAGCGAUGUCUAUUCCACGGGUCUUGUGCUUUGGGAAUGUAUCGAAAGACGAUGUGUUUGUCGAGUGCCAGAUGACCGGGCGAGUUCAAAAACGGCGCUCCAGGAAGCUAAGAACCUAAAGGAGGCACCAUUUUAUAUCUUUUAUAAGCAACUCGCUUUUCCCCCAUAUGAAAUAUUGCCGGAGGAAAGUUGUCAUGAGGCUAGUCAUAUCUCGGAUGCAAGUGGGUCAUCCAUCCCAGGCUGUUUCCUACCGGAUGGCUAUGUGGGCUGGGCUGAAGACGAAACGUUAAGGCUGGUGCUGGGAGCUCGUACUACUUUCCAAGAUGUAGAAGAAUUAAAACAGGCCGUCAUUGAACACGCUAACGAUCUCUCAAAAGGUGGAAUUCCCAACGCAUUGGAGGUGACGAAAAAGCUGAUUUUCUACGAAUCCCAUGAGGCUGGAAUAAAUCACUUCAAAAAGCACGCCAACGCCCUAUCCUUACUACUACCCAAGAGUGCAUUUGGCACAUCCAUCAAGAGAUUUGCCGAAGAGGCACUCGCGUUUUACGAUGAAAAAAAGAAGCUUGGCAAUGAGGCCGAAAAGAGUGAGGCCGAGAGCGCUUUUUCGAAGCGAGCUACUGAUAACAUUCUCGACCAAUUGCGACAUACAACAAACACGAGCAGCCCUCUGCUGUGCCCUGGAAUCACACAACUGGGCAACAUCCGCUGCGCAACAAUGGACGAUUUAUGGAAAAUGCUCAUCAAAUGCAACUGCCGU